AUGGUCAACGUUGAGGGCUCUGAUCUGUCUGCGGUGCGCGCAUUUAAGAACACAGUCCGACAACAGCUGGAAACACGAUUCAAACUGGACUCUGAUGAUCUGCCCUCGUCUAUCCCAGUUGUGGCCUGCAUGUUAGAUCCUCGCUUCAAGCACCUGAAGUUCAUCCCAGACAGCAAAAGAGAGAGCGCAUACAGCCACCUGGACACCCUGCUUCUGGAUGAGAAUGUCGGUGUGAAAACCUGUGAAACUGAGCAGACGGGGAAGGACAUAGGGAAGAAGGCGCGUCUUGAGCUGGACUUUGCGGAGCUGUUUGGGACGCAUUUCGAAAGCGGGCAGAAUACGGCCCGCGGCUCCACAGCAACUGAAGAGGCCAGACAAGAUUUUCUCUUGCCCCAAAUCCCAACUCUGGACAACCCGUUGCAGCGGUGGGCCCGAAACGAAAGGCGCUUCCCGCGCUUGGCAAGGCUCUCAAAGACAUAUCUGGCCAUACCAGCAACCAGUAGCCCCAGCGAGAGAAUUUUUUCUCUAGCUGGAAACACAAUAACAAGACAGCGCGCCAGUCUCCAUCCUGCACACGUAGAUGAGUUAAUCUUUCUUCAUGAAAAUACCAAGUCCAAAACAAAAAAGGUGACUGAGGAGGAAGAGCGAGACAGCGAGUGA